GUUAAGUUUUUACGUUGCUCCAAGCUUAUGCAGUCAUGGCCGGUACAUUGCAGAUUUCUUGGAGAGACAGUAUUUUGAGCUGGAGUAGAGUGGAGAGUAGACGAUGGAGAUCAGACAUAAUGGUGCGCUAAAAUGGAGGGAACAGUCUGGGAGAGUCUCAGGAGACGGGUGAGAGGGAGAGGACAAGGUGAAGGGUCGUGGGGCAGGGAAACGGGCCAGCUGUCUCUUUAAAAAACGACAACAGCUCAAACCGCCCUCGGCCUCAGCCUCGGCUAUGCUAAUGAGGUUAGUGCUGGUUGGCUGGCCCUCAAUGGAGCCGCGUGUGAUUGGAGGCUGGUCAUGGGGGAGGGCCUGGGCGUGGAUGACAGCUGGGAUCCAGCCAGCCAAGAGCAGGCUGACAAGAGAGAGAGAGGGAGAAAAAAAGAGCGAUAGAGGGAGAGCAAGGCGAGAGAGGGAGAGAGAGAGAGAGAGAGAGGAAGACAGGCUGACAGACUUCAUAAUGCAAGGUAUCCGACCCCCAAUCCUGAACGGGCCAAUGCACCCGCGGCCCCUCGUGGCCCUGCUGGACGGGCGCGACUGCACUGUGGAAAUGCCCAUCCUUAAAGAUGUGGCCACAGUGGCCUUCUGCGAUGCCCAGUCCACACAAGAGAUUCACGAGAAGGUGUUAAAUGAGGCAGUGGCCGCUCUGCUGUACCACACCAUCACUCUGUCCAGAGAUGACUUGGAAAAGUUUAAAGGCCUACGAGUAAUUGUCCGGAUUGGCUCAGGCUUUGACAAUGUUGACAUCAAAGCAGCUGCUGAGCUAGGCAUCGCUGUCUGUAACGUGCCAGCAGCCUCAGUGGAGGAGACGGCCGACACUUCACUAUGUCUGAUCCUCAACCUGUACAGGCGAGUCACCUGGAUGCACCAGGCCCUCAGAGAGGGAACCCGUGCCUCUAGUGUGGAGCAGAUCAGGGAGGUGGCUGGUGGUGCUGCUCGUAUCCGGGGCGAGACGCUUGGCAUUAUCGGCCUGGGGCGUGUUGGCCAAGCGGUGGCUCUGCGGGCCAAGGCCUUUGGUUUUGGUGUGAUCUUCUAUGACCCCUACCUGCCCGAUGGCGUGGAGCGUUCACUAGGCCUGCAGCGCAUGGCCACCCUGCAGGACCUGCUCAUCCACUCGGACUGUGUAUCCCUGCACUGUAGCCUCAACGAGCACAACCACCACCUCAUUAAUGACUUCACCAUCAAACAGAUGCGCCAGGGAGCCUUCCUGGUGAACACGUCAAGAGGGGGUCUGGUUGAUGAGAAAGCAUUGGCUCAGGCCCUGAAAGAGGGCAGGAUACGAGGGGCUGCCCUGGACGUCCAUGAGACAGAACCCUUCAGUUUCUCAACAGGCCCUCUGAAGGAUGCCCCCAACCUGAUCUGUACCCCGCACACAUCCUGGUACAGCGAGCAGGCCUCCGUGGAGGCUCGUGAGGAGGCAGCCAGGGAGGUUCGCCGUGCCAUCACUGGGCGUAUCCCUGACAGUCUGAAGAACUGUGUGAAUAAGGAAUACCUGAUGGCAGCCUCUCAGUGGCCCAGCAUGGAGGCACCCACUGUUCACCCAGAACUUAAUGGAGCCACUUACAGAUUUCCUCCAGGUCUGAUCAAUGUUGCAGCAGCAGCAGCAGGGGGUCUCCCAGGAGCUGGCGCAGGGGUUGAAAGCCUGGUUUCAGGAACCCUGGCACACGGCAUCGCCCCCGUCUCCCACCCUCCUCACGCCCCCUCCCCGGGGCAGCCUACUAAGGCUGAAGCCGACAGAGACAUCCCUUCUGACCAAUAGCCCCCCCCGCCGCCGCCAGCACAUUCCGUCACCUCUGGACCCCCCCCCAAGCCCCACCCAGAUCAGACACAGCCCGACCCUCCAGGACAUCGGCAGCACCAGUUUGACCUGAUGUGGAUCUACACAGUCUUGUUUCUCAGAUCACAUAACCAGCCCAGGAGUGACCUAUCCACAUCUACCCCGCAUCCUCACAUCCCUCCAGGACACACACAUCCAUCCCUCCAUCCUAGUCCUCAUCUCACCCACACACCCGCCAUCCCCUCAUCCUUUCACACCCCCACAACGUCAGCAAUAACUCUGUUCUCAAGGAUUCAAUGAUUGGAUUGGUUUAUUUCCUUAGUUGGCUGUUGUUUUAAUGGAAAGUUGAUCUGUUGUGGUUCUAGGUGUUAAUGUUUGUUUGUAAAAAAAAAAAAAAAAAAAAAAAAGAAUAGCAUUUCUGACAUGAGGCUUUACAGCCUGCUGCCUCCUGUAGUCGUCCUCUGACUCUGACCAGUAGAGGCACAGAGGCAGAAAGUUUGAAGCCCCCCCCCUUGUACAUUAAUGGCUCAUGUUACUGCUCUCUUCUUCUUCUUUUCUUUUUUUUUCCCUCCCUCCCCACCCAUUUCUUGAGAUGGGGGAAAAUGUGUACUAAAGUAAACCAGACAGAAUCACAAACAGUACAUCCUGUCCUCCCCACCAGGCAUCUAGCUACUCUUCAGCCCAGUUCAGCUAUUAGUUCUUGCCCCGGCACUGUCAUCAGCUUGUUCAGCAGAGGGAUCCAUAAUGCUGUCAGUGUGGAGCUCUCUCAGGCUGUCAAAGUAUAUCUGCUCAGUUCAUGCUUUAGCCCUCAACCUUGAUGGAGUGAUACCCAAGAUCCUUUGUCACCGUUUUACUGCUGAGAUUGUCCAGUUUUCGGACAGUCAUCCCCGUAUUUACAAGUGCUUUGUCUCUCAUGGAUUCUCCAUUCAUGACAUAAUAGUUGAGCGCAUCAUAUCAGAGAGCGCCUAGGCAUGAAUUUCUUUGCCAUGCCAGCAGCCAGAGUACUGCCCAUGAGGUCUCUAAAUAUGGUGCCCACACAGUAUCAAAUGCAGCAGCUUUUUCUUGCUGGAAAAGACCGCAGCAUGCAGGGGGCCUCGCCAGCAGAGGGCACUGUCUGACCACUCAUCUCAGUCAAACAGAUGGGACAGUUACAGGUUAGCUUCAGUGACGAAGAACAUGAUCACACACUGCCGACAUUCAGAACAGGAUUGGGUCACCGGGGAUCGACUACCGCCUUAUUGUUUGACAAGAUCUCACUGCAGCCCACCACCACCGUCACCAUCCUCACCCCUGCACCCACCCUCCACUCUCCUCCCACUGUCAUGACCGACCCCACACAUCUGCCCAUGAACCAGUAUGCAUCCACCAAUUCCUUUAAGCGUGAGGGGACAGUAGAGAUUAGAUUCCCUGUCGGAGCAAGGGGACAGUGUUCUUGCAUGCUGGCUUUAUUAAUGACAGUGGUGUGUGUCUGUGUGUGUGUGUGUGUGUGUGUGUGCGUGUGCGCGCGCAUGCAUGUAAGUGUGUGCGUGUGGGUUUGUGUGUGUUUGUAUGUUCCCUCACCCUGUUAUGAUAACAAGCUGUUGUCUUUCCAAAGGAAUAGUCCCUAGGAGUAACUCUUUAACGCUGUUGCCCUGGUGUCAAGGGAACACCUUUCUAGUACCUCAGUAACAGAUAUUGAAUGUACCGUGCAUACCCUUUUAUUUUUUGUACAGAUUUUCUAGAUACUUCUUUACUAUUCUUUACCAGAAGGGUUGUGAAAUUGUAGCAGUAAUGAUACAAUAAAAAAACAUUGCCCAAUGAAAUAAAUUGACAAAAUCUCUGUAGGUUCGCUAUAGGUCACUGAAAUACUCAGGCUUCAAAACCAGUGUGUAUCUCUUUCCCUUUACCUUUUAUUUCCUCAUUGUGGAAAAUUCAGCACAACACUUUGCCAUUCUUAGACUUCAGACUGUAGUUAAUGUGUUUCGACCUCCAUCUUACUGGCUUAUGAAAAAUGAGGAAAAAAAACAAAAGGCAGUUGUCGUGGUCUGCUAGUUUUCUUUUAUUAGAACAAUAGUAGUAGAUGCUGUUUUGUUUUUUUGUUUUUAACCCCUCCCUUCAUUGUUAAGCUGCUCUAUCUAUCGUGCAUGUGAGGUAAUUUUCUAGGGGAACUACUAUUGGCUUAAAAAAAUUGGUGUCAUCUUGCUGUUUCCCUCUGCUCCCCGGCCUUCUCCCCCUCAGAGUGUUUUCAACCCGAGUUGCCAUUUUUGUCGUGGUCAGUUUCCAGUGAUGUACAGUUUUCCCCUCAGAGUCUAUGAGAGACAUGGAGCAUGUUUGUGUCCUGAGAUGCUAGGCUCCUCUGUCAUGUGAUGAGUAUAUAUUUUUAAAAAAUAACCCCCAUAGUUCAGAAUAUGAGCAUUAUAGUAAUCUUAAAUUUUGCUGUUGAUGAUGAUUAUAUAUAUUGUUUUUUUUUUUUUCAGUUCAGCAGUGCACUGUUAUGAAAACCAUUCUGUUUUUAUUGUAGGAUUUCAUUUUAUGGAUAUGCUGUCUGUGUUCUACAUGUUGUACUGAAACAUUUCAGAGAAAACAAGAGAUCCCUCUCCUGGUGUUUUUUUUUUUUUUCUUUUUCUUUUUUAAUUUGUCUUAUCCCAACUGUCCUUUUCCAGCUGAUAUCCUCUGGGCCUUACUUAUUCUCUCCCUGUUAAAGUAGCUGUUAUAGAAAGUCGCCAUGGAACCACUCACUGCCUUAAUACAGUUGACCACAGCAGGUGAAGUCAGGAGACACAUCCAGUCGGAAAGAACAGGCCUCAAUGGAGGCCGCUCCGCGAAAAAAGUUCUUCACACCCCGACAGGCCUAAAUCUGCAGCACCUUGCAUUUCUUUUUCAGUGAUGAACCACGUUUAGCCUUGUGUAGGUUUCGACUCAUUCUGCAAAACGCGUACAUCCAGUGUGAACUCUUAAUGUGCAUUAAUGUUAUUUUUCUGUCUGUUAUCUAGUUUUUAAUAGUUAAGUCAGCCCAGCAGUGUGUAUGUGCGUAGGCUAACAGAUAAGCACAGUGUGUAUGCCACAGCUGAUAUUUCACUCUUGGGUGUGAGAAUGCCCCCCCACCUCCCACUAACCCACCACCACUGUCACUCAGGGGCUCUUAAAGCGUCUUUCACAGCGCUGCCAGAGCCCCCAGUGGGGCUGGGGGUGGGAGGGCAUAGCGGACACUGGUGUGGUCUGUCAAAAAAAAAAGAAAAGAAAAAGAAGCAGAAAAUUACGAGAAUCGGUCACUUUUUCUCUCUCAGGGUUCAAAUGCACACAUAUCCUCCAGCAGUCGCCCUCUGUCUCGUGUCCCUCAUCCCAGGUUUUUCCGCCCUCAGAAUGUAGAACAGCCUCCUGCGUUUUUAGAGACCGCUCUCCCCUCAUUCCCCCCUUUGUGCACAGGUCUGAACUUUUUUUUUCCUGUUUUGCUUUCUUUUGGCACUGACAUCUAACCAUCUAACAAGGAAUGAAUGAAUGAAUGUUUGAAAGUGACUGUGUGUAAUGUUAAAAUUGGGAAAUGUAUUUUUACAACAUGUGAACAUGUUUUUUUUUUCCACUCACUCUCAUUGUGAAUUGAUUUUUUUUUUCUUUCACCAGACUGCAAAAACAAAAAGAAAAAAAACAAAAAUGAAAAAAAAAUCUCCUGUAACUAGGCUCUUAAGCUUUAUUUUUGUUUUGUUUACUUUUUUAUUAGAAACAAUCAUGUUUGUGAUGGUAACUUCCGAUGGUAAACUCCACACCGUAUUUUAAUAAAAUCUUAAAAAAUUAAA